AUUUAUUUCUAAUUUUUUUUGUUAUUUUUGUUAGAAAUAGUGGGCCACACAAAUCCAAUUGUCUGGCCUAGCCCAAGUUGGAUAACUCCAUUAACCAACCUGAAGAACAUAGAGAUCCAGGGCAUCCACGUGGAACAUUUGCCUCCUUUGGGGAAAUUGCCUUCUCUAGAAUCACUCUCGGUAGCUUAUACGUGGAAUGUAAAAAGGGUGGGAGUUGAAUUUUUGAUGAUAGAAACGUCUUUGUCUACAUCUUCAUCAUCCGUUGUUGCCUUCCCCAAUUUGAAGACACUGAAGUUUCAUCGAAUGGAAGAGUGGGAAGAGUGGGAUUAUGAAAGCAGAGGAGAAGAGGAUAUCACAAUCAUGCCACGUCUUUCUUCCUUGACAAUUGGCUAUUGUAAGAAGUUAAAGAUGUUGCCGGAUUAUAUUCUCCAGAGUACUACCUUGCAGGAAUUGACAAUUAUCAACUGUCCAAUUAUUUCAAAAUGCUGCAAAGAAGACUACCAGUCCUUUAUCAACCGUAUUCCUCACUUCAAAGUGCAAGAUCGGGACUAGGGAGUCGGACUCGGACUUUGAGUAACUUGCAAAAAAGGAAGGAGAGCCGAAGUGCAUAGUUUCAGAAGUUGUGUACAUGGUGGAAGGAUGAUGGACCGGCCUGGCUCAUGGCGCCCACACUAGCUUCUAUGUGUCAACUUUUUGGCAAAGCAGUUAGCUUCUGGAUUUUUAUUUUCUUAAUUGAAGGGUUAUUUUUGGGCCGUUUGUGUGCUUUGAAAAAAAAAAACACUUUCAAGUUUUCUUAGGAUUUUCUUAUAACCCAUUUUCCUAUUAAAAAGAAAAAAAAGCCAACUAGGCUUUCACAUGGGAAUGGCUUGGCCUGUGUUACCCACGCCACAUGCCAACCCGGGCACUGGGCAUCAACAAGUGGGCUUUCAUUUUCUUUGUGUGUUUUUGCUAUUUUCAUGGGUCAUUUAGGAUCG